GCGGGCUGGCGGCAGCGGCAGGAGCAGCAGCGGAGGACAGGACAGGACGCUCCCAGCGCCGGCAGCAGCAGCAUCAUCACCGCCACCAUGGCCGACGACCCCAGCGCGCUGCCCUGGUCCAUACAACGCGAGGACUACGAGCUGAAGGAGGUCAUCGGUAGUGGAGCUACAGCAGUGGUUCAGGCUGCCUACUGCAUCCCAAAGAAGGAACGAGUUGCAAUCAAACGCAUCAAUCUGGAGAAAUGUCAGACCAGCAUGGAUGAACUCCUGAAAGAAAUUCAAGCAAUGAGUCAGUGCCACCACAGAAACAUUGUGUCGUACUACACCUCGUUUGUGGUGAAGGAUGAGCUCUGGUUGGUGAUGAAGUUGCUCAGUGGUGGGUCUGUGCUCGAUAUCAUCAAGCACGUGGUCGCAAGGGGGGAUCACAAAAAUGGAGUGUUGGAGGAGGCAGUGAUCGCCACCAUUCUGAAAGAAGUCCUCGAGGGCCUUGAUUAUCUGCACAAAAACGGGCAGGUUCACAGAGAUGUGAAGGCAGGAAACAUUCUCCUCGGUGAGGAAGGUUCGGUGCAAAUUGCAGAUUUUGGUGUAAGUGCAUUCCUGGCAACAGGCGGUGACAUGACCAGGAAUAAAGUGAGGAAGACCUUUGUUGGCACACCCUGUUGGAUGGCCCCUGAAGUUAUGGAGCAGGUGAAAGGGUAUGACUUCAAAGCGGACAUUUGGAGUUUUGGAAUUACAGCCAUUGAGCUGGCUACAGGAGCGGCUCCUUAUCACAAAUACCCACCUAUGAAGGUCUUGAUGCUAACGCUUCAGAACGAUCCUCCCUGUUUGGAGACGGGCGUACAAGACAAGGAAAUGGUGAAAAAAUACGGCAAGUCCUUUAGGAAGAUGAUUUCACAGUGUCUACAGAAAGAUCCGGAAAAAAGACCUACAGCAGCAGAAUUUUUAAAGCACAAGUUUUUCCAAAAAGCAAAGAACAAGGAAUACCUUGAAGAAAAAUUGCUAGCUCGAGCACCCACGAUAGCUGAAAGAUCAAAGAAGGUGAGAAGGGUUCCAGGCUCCAGCGGUCGACUGCACAAGACGGAAGAUGGCGGCUGGGAAUGGAGCGAUGACGAAUUAGACGAAGAGAGUGAAGAAGGGAAGGCUGCCGUGUCUCAGUUGAGGUCUCCCCGAGUGAAGGAUUGUCCACAGGGUCCAGAUCUUUACGUGUCAGCAGAAGGGCCCGGCUCCAACGUUGCAGUCCCUGCCCAAAUCCCACAGGUGCUACCUCAGCCAACGCCCAAAGUACCUGACUCCAGUGCGGUGCCUGCUGCCCAGCCGCCAGUAAUACCAGUGAUCCCUACAUCUGUGGUCAUGCCAGACCCCAGCCAGAAACCUCCAGCUCAGCACCAACUCCCUGCAUCUCAGUUGCCUCCCGGUUGUCUUGCUGCAGAUUUACACCAAACACCCAUUAGCCUUGUGUUAAGAUUGCGGAACUUGAAGAAGGAGCUGAAUGACAUCAGAUUUGAAUUUACUCCUGGUAGAGAUACAGCAGAUGGUGUUUCCCAAGAACUUGUGUCUGCAGGACUGGUUGAUGGAAGAGAUGUCGUCAUAGUUGCUGCAAAUCUACAGAAAAUAGUGGACGAACCAGCUGUAAAUAGAUCUGUCACAUUCAAGUUGGCCUCUGGACUGGAAGAAACCGAUAUUCCUGAUGAUGUUAAACUCAUAGGAUUUGCACAACUUACCAUUAGUUAAAUCACGCUACAACGAAACAUAGACCUGCUGACCCCCAUCUGUGAAUCUCUCGCCGGUGAUGGUCUGAGGAAACGUACUGCCAAAGAGCGAUGGUCUUUGCCCUUAGAACUCGCAAUGUAUGCCCCUGCCACUCUCUCUCUCUCCCCGCAACCAGGAACGUCCAAAUAGCAGUGAACUGAGUGUUUGCUUCCACUGUGCUAGAACGGAGUAUUCGCCCUCGAUAGCUUCUGCAAGGUUUCCGCUUGCUGAGAUAUCCCGCCCCCCACCCCUCCCGAAAUCUGACGUGGAGUGCCUGACGUGGGUGAACUAAGAAUUGCCGGCUCUCUCUGCUCUUUCUCUUCCCCUUCCUCCCUUCCUCCUCUGCACUCCCCCUCCCCCCUC